AUGGGGUACCAACGCCUCCAGCCUCACAUGAAGACAGCCACUGCGCAGACCAUAGAUGUGCCUGCCGAGUGCAGUAGGUCACACUCGACGGGACUGGCACAACAAAUUCGGUACAUUCCCGUCGAAGAUCCCAGGGAAGGUCUCUCAUACAUGAUGUGCAGCUUCUGCACGACGGACCGCAUUUUCGAGCAGGUCCCUGCCCUCCUGCAACACAUGAGGAGUGGCGAGUGCCCUCUUGGACAAAAGGAGCUGAUGCAGUCGACUUGCUUUGGGGAGCCAGGACGGUCUGGACCAGUUCCUUGGACAGCGGACUCCCGCGAACUAUCUCAGAGGGACAUGGAAGGGCAAUCAGCGCUGUCCGGGCCAAGGCGAAACGAGGCAAGUGAGGGCUUCGCUUUGCGCCGAAAGAUGCUGUCGGAGAUGCGCCUGCUGCAGCCUUUUCGCUAUGCUGAGCUAGCGACCGAACCCGUUGGCCUGCUGAAUCGAUCGGUGCAGGAGCUUUCUAUUCUAGUCCAAGCUGCGCGGAACAGGCCAGAAGGAUCCGGGGAACCUGAGGCCACGCGAUCAAAGGGGCGGGCGCUGGGAAGGCGAAUGGCCAAGGGCCCACAGCGGAGCUUCGUCGAAGCUUUGGCUUCCAGGCUGCGAAGCCAGGGCACAUCCAUGAAAUGCCCUUUCACCUUUGCGCAGUAUCGUGCUUUCUGUGACGUCAGCUCGCAAGCAGCCGCUGAGGCUGAGACUGCACGGGACACUAAAGACGGACGGCGUUUCUUCUUUAAUGUGCUGAAUUGGAUCGAAUUCGCAGUUGCCAUUGUUGGCCUGAUCUCUGUCAUCGUGGAGAUCGAGGUCCCUUUUCAGGUCGCCAAUAUAGACCUGUGCUGCGAGUGCACGGGGCUGAGAGGUGGCAUCAAAGGCCGUAUCAACAAGGGUGUCGACAAGCUCUUCGACCACUUGGUUAGGAAGCAGCUGGUGGAUUUCCUGCUGAUGCCUGCCGAGAACAUGAAGAUCCAACCCUCUUUAGGCAUUCUUCACUUGGAGAAGGCUCAGAUUCGCUCCAAGAGGCUCACCAACCUACACUUACCCCUGAACCUUACUGCUGGCAUCUUUGACAUGGUCCACUUCGAGUUGAAGUUGGGCAAACUUCGGAUGGGCCAUCAUCGCCUCAUGGUCUUCAUGCAGAAUGUGAUCCUGGUCGUUGGGCCCGGUCGCGGCGAGGAGCGUGCCGCCGAUUGGAACUUCGAGGAUGUCUUGGCCUCCAAAAGCAAGACCGUGAAGUUGGCAUGCAAGGCUAUCGAGCCCUUCGCUAAGCCUCGCAAGAAAGACAAAGGCCCAGAGGACAAAGCUGCCCAAGGCAGUGUUCGGCACCAGACACAGGUGGGUUCAAGCUGGAUCCGCCGAAAGCUGACAAAGCUCCUGAGAGACAUUCUCAACAACGGAAUGCAAAUUUGCAUCCACGACUUCGAAAUCCGCUAC